CUUUUCUUGUUAAAUUUGUCGAGGAAGGGAUUCAUUACAAACAUUCAAAUGGAGAGACUGAUAUUAUUAAUUUAUUUAUUAAUAUUUCACAGAAAGAAAACGCAAACAUUGGCUGGCUAUUAUCAUACAUAAUUAUGGAGAAUUCUUCUCUUUUUUCUGAGGGUUCGUUAAUGGACGGGUGUGUCUUGACCACGCCCCUAUCACCUUCAAUAUUAAACACGCUGUCGUCUUGUUUUGAUCGUCUCUCGAGGACACACCCCCUUAUAGUUAGCCACACCCUCCUUGGUAUGGUCAGAAGAGUCCUUGAUGAAGAUGCUCCUACAAAGAGUAAUGUAGUGGGUGUGGCUAGGGGCGGGGCCUCGUCCGUCUACCUUCAAGUGGUUUUAGAAAUGAUGCUACAAAGUCAUUCAAUCCUUGAUCUCGUCAUUACCGACGUAAUCAAAUUAAUUACCCCUGAGGUCAUAUUAUCCCUGGUCUGUUCCGAGUUGGAGAGAGGAAUAAACGAAGAGAAGGAGGAGGGGGAAGAGGAAAUGGAGACCGAUCAGGACUCACCUCUUCUCUCCUCUCUCUCAUCUUUACUGUUACAGUUAUCUCAUGACAGAGCUGUAGUCGCCAUUAAUCUGUUACUCUCUUCUCUUAAUUAUUAUUCGUCAAGUUCUGGCGAUAAAGUGGGCGGAUCAGAAGAAGAGGAGGAGGAGGAAGAGGAUGGAGAAAUAAAUACUUUAAGUUUAGCCAAAGGGCAGUUACUAGAAGCUGUCAAACAAUUACUAAAUUCAGUUCUGUCAGUUUGUAAAAAAGGAGUAUCAUUUCUUUUAUUUUCGUCAAACGAGGAUGAACCCUCUCCUGGCAACAAGAAACCUGUUAAUGCCUUCUCUCCCAUACAGUACAUCAUAUCAAUACAAUCAGGUCUACCUGAGUGGGUGGAGUUAGUUAUUAAGUCACCUGAUAACCACUGGUUGAUCCAGCUGGUGGAGAGUGUCGGAAUGACCUCAUCUGAAAUAAGUGGAGCUACUGUACUAAACACUUUAUUGUCCUCUACCAAUAACAGUAAACUGUCAAGUUUAGUCGAUCAUUUAUUUAAAAGAUACCGACUGCGUCAUCCCUCCAUAGCCCAGUCACUCAUAACCCAAGGGGUAACCACUGGACUAAUGAAAGAAAAUGGCAACGAAACAAUAAAGAAAUGGAGUAUCAACUUACUAACUUUAGCAAGAAAUAACGAGUCAUGUUUUCAAGGUGCUUUGCUGUCAUCAUUCAAUUCUCUACUCCUCCUUCUUCCUCUCUCUUCUCCUCUCUCCUCCAUUCAUAUCCUGUCGCUACUGGAGACAGUAUCGGCGAGAAUGGCGAGAGAAUCACAGCUAUCGACUUCGUUAUCAGCAGCUGGAAUAUUAAUUAAUUAUUACCUGAAGACCCUGGGAGAUCUGUCAAUAGCAAUCAUGAAUGAUGCCCCUAUCUUGUAUGAAUAUGAACAAUUGCUGAACAAGAUAAGGUCAUUGUUGUCACAUUUAUCAAGUGGUAACAGUCUCAUUGAAGUAUUCAUUUGUUCAAAUAUAUUGAGAACCAUCACCAGUGAGAGUCAAAUUAAGCUUGGUCCAUCCCCGCCAGGUUAG